AGGACGACAACAUGGCGGCCUCCUUGCGUCUGGGUCGUCAAGGAAUUUUAUUUGGCCUUAGAUUGUCUCAGUUUAAUAAAUGUUUGUGGGCCACAACCCCAUGGCAGGAGCAAGCCAGACACUUCUUUCAGUCACCAUGGUUACUCGGUGUCAGCCCACUCAAAGUGCAGAUGCCUGCUCUCUCCCCCACCAUGGAGGAGGGAAACAUAGUCAAAUGGCUGAAGAAGGAAGGUGAGGCAGUAGCAGCGGGCGACGCUCUUUGUGAGAUUGAGACUGACAAGGCUGUUGUUACCAUGGAGUCUAAUGACGACGGCAUCUUGGCAAAGAUCUUGAUGGAGGAGGGCAGUCGCAAUGUGCGCCUUGGCACUCUCAUUGCCCUCAUGGUGGAGGAAGGGCAGGACUGGAAGCAGGUUGAGAUCCCCCCUCCAGAUGUUGCAACUCCAUCUGCAGCUCCACCUGCUACACAGGCAGCCACUGCUCCAGUCGUGCCCCCUGAUGCUCCCACUCCACCUCCUCCACCAAAACCAGCCACGUCAGGACCCUUACGUCUGAGUCCAGCAGCAAGACACAUUCUGGACACCCAUGGUUUAGACCCAAAACUGGCCACACCUACUGGACCAAGAGGACUUAUCACCAAGGAAGAUGCAUUGAAUCUUUUGAAGACAUCUCCUGCCCCCAAAGCAGCACCAGUUAUGGCUGCUCCGGCUGCCCCGAGUCCUGUUCCUACUCCCGUAGCUACCCCUCCACCCCCAGGCAGCAGACCCAACAUACCUCCUCUCUCUAUACCAGGGAAACCAGGAGCACCUGGCACUUUCACAGAGAUCCCCGCCUCAAAUGUCCGCCGUGUGAUUGCUCAAAGACUAACACAAUCGAAGACCACCAUCCCCCAUGCGUAUGCUUCAGUGGACUGUGACGUGGCUGCCGUCAUGCAGCUCCGCAAAGACUUGGCCAAAGAGCAAAUCAAAGUGUCUGUUAAUGAUUUCAUUAUCAAGGCAGCUGCUGUUACACUUAAAGAGAUGCCAGAAGUAAACGUGAUCUGGUCUGGUGAUGGUCCUUGUGCGCUCGAUUCAAUCCACAUUGCAAUCGCUGUGGCGACUGACAGAGGCCUCAUUACCCCCAUCAUCAAGGACGCUGCGAACAAAGGAGUCCAGGAAAUCUCAGCUAGCGCUAAGGCAUUGGCCCAGAAGGCUCGAGAUGGGAAACUUUUGCCUGAGGAGUACCAGGGAGGCUCAUUCAGUAUAUCUAACCUAGGGAUGUUCGGUAUCAGUGGCUUCAGUGCUGUGAUCAACCCUCCUCAGGCUUGUAUCCUCGCCGUUGGGACCUCCAGGGCCGAGCUGCGACUACGCGAGGAUGAUGAGACCCUGCACACUCAGCACCUGAUGACAGUUACAUUGUCCAGUGACGGACGGCUAGUGGAUGACGAAUUAGCCUCACGGUUUCUUGAUAAAUUCCGCGCCAACCUGGAACAGCCCCAACGCAUGGCCCUCGCCUGAAAAACAAAGACAUAGCGGUAUGAAAUUAAUCGGAAAGACAAAGCAAGAAAUACCUCCAUGACAAAGCCUGUCCCAUGCUUUUGCAAGCAGAGCGCUGCUAAAAAGGUGAUUCCUGUUGGUGCUUGGAUUAAGGCUGACAAAGAAGUCCUGUACAUAUUGUAAACUUCAGUUUGUUGCUUGCUUCUGACAGAUAAUUACCAGACUUUGUAAUGGAGGAGUUAAAGAGGGCUUCUGCUAGAGUGGUACAGGAUUCUAGCAGUGGUGCCAAAUAUUACUAAGGCAGAAGUGGCAUAGCAGGGUGCCUCCUACGCACUGUAAUAGGGACGGUCGUUCUAUCACACCAUUGUUUAUAUAUAAAUAUGAACUCUUAAUUCCUGUUCAAGUUCUAUUUUUCAGUACCACUGCAUCUAUUCAGUCUCAUUAACACACAUGCAAUAGUCCAUGGAACUGUAAAACCCCCAUAUGUACAUUUGUCAGAGAUAUUUAUUACUGAACAUCAUUGGCAAGACAGCGUACAAUAAGGUUAGACCCACAUACUGGUACCUGUUGUUAUGAAAUUUUAACACAACUAAAGCACUUAAUUAAUUCUUCAUGUUAAUAUGUUUUAACUUAUUUAAAAUAGAUGCCAUGCCAUCCCUGAAAACGUUCAAGUCCAUGUGUAUACGGAAUAGAUAAAAUCAUUUGGGUUUUGGUGUCUUUAGAUGCCAAUAAAACACACCAUUCAACCUUCA